GUCCUAUUCCUAGGGCAUAUAAUAUGAAUAUUAAAUUAGAAGAGAGGAAAACAUUUAUCUGGGCUUUGUGGGCUUUAGUUAUCCGAUUAUCAAAACCUUACUCCGUUUCUUUAAAGGAUCCAACAACACAGACCGACAGACGGUACGAAAAUAGCCGUUGUAAAAAAAUAGCCGUCAUCAACGGUAAGAAAAUAGCCGUCAUCAACGGCUAUAUCGAUGGUUUCGUAUUAUGCUUCAUCUUCAGAGCCCGCACAGAUUCGAGGAAAGACUGUAAUCGGCAUGAGAUAGUAAACAAUCAGAGCCCUGGAGAUGUCCCUGGAAAUGUCCUGCUGGUUACCUUCGAGGGAGUGGAAUCUCACGGAGUGAGCAUCGAUGUGAUCCAUCUGACAUACUAUUCCAAUUACAAUAUACCAACAUUAAUGAAAUAUGCUCGAAUCACAGAUGUUGAUGCCUCUUUAUUAAAAUCUUUCGGGAGAGAGUUUGGAAAUAGUAUCGUCAUGUUGGCUGAUGAUCGAAUCCAUAGUGAUUCAAGAUGGUUUCUUGAAAUGGUCCUACAUGAAAUUAUACAUGCACCCUCUUGUUCUCUUUCUUUUUCAACUCCUUCUAUGGCUCUAUCUCUUCUUUCUAUGGCUUGUGCUACCUUUUCAAUUAAGCGUUUUUCAACGCCUUCUUAUCAGUCUUGGUCACGUCUUCUAAGUUAUUUAGUAGUUUUCUCCAAGCCAUUAUGGUUAGGAUUACAAGGGAGGUUACAUGUACUACUGAGUCUAGGCAAAAGACCACGAAUACACUUGUUGACUUGGAGUUUUCUAGAAGUAUUCAUAAUCCGGUUCCUGCCUUCAACUUUUCAAGGCCAAAUUCUUGAAGUAGAAGAUGAUGAUUUUAUUUAUAAAUGUGAUGAAGAAGAUGUGGUUGAUCAGAUUCUUGAUGCUAGAGAAGGCGAGGAGGACCAAGAUAUUGACAUUUUUGAUGUUGUGAACAUGGAGAAGAGUUUUGAGUUUAUGCCAAUAUUUCAAGAAAAUAAAAAUUCUUUACUUACGGGGAAAACGGCGGAGAAGAGGCUAAAACAAAGUAUAGAGAAAGAUCUUGAGCUAGUAUAUGUUGCUCAAUCAUGUUUAUCAUGGGAGGCUCUUCAGCAUCAGUACAUUACAUUGAAAGAGAGUUUAAAAUCCGAUGAUUCAAAAGGCGGGUUCUAUAACGAUAAUAUCUCUAAAGAACUUCAGAAGUUUCAGGUUUUAUUAGAGAGAUUCUUGGAAGAUGAAAGGUGUGAAGGAAAAAGGGUCUUGAGCUUUGUUCAAAGAAGAUUUGACCUCAUACGCUUCUUUCAAGUCCCAAGACUUUCA